UACAGAGAAGAUAAGGAUAGUAGAGCUAUAAAUAACCACGUGCAUUGCCUAGUUUUGUAGAGAUUUUUCGUCUGUUGAUUGUGCAAACCAGCCGGUAAUGGAUCAGAUCAAAGUUGAAAAAGGUAUGGCUGAGCUUAAAGAAACAUUUUCAAGUGGUAAAACCAGAAGCGCUGUGUGGAGGAAAACCCAGCUCAGAGCCUUGAUUGAGCUUGUCCAUGAAAACGAAGAGGAAAUUUUUAAAGCACUUCAUCAAGAUCUAGGGAAGCACCCUGUGGAAGCUUACAGGGAUGAGGUUGGAGUGAUACUAAAAUCAGCCGACUAUUCUUUGAGCCGUGUGGAGAAAUGGAUGGCUCCUAAGAAGGGUCAUAUACCUCUGCUUUUCUUCCCUGCAAAUGGAGAAGUGAUGCCAGAACCAUUUGGCGUAGUCCUGAUUUUCGCUUCUUGGAAUUUCCCUAUAUCACUGGCAUUGGACCCAUUAAUAGGAGCAAUAUCUGCUGGAAACACUGUGGUUUUGAAACCUUCAGAUAUGUCCCCAAAGUGCUCCUCUUUUCUGGCUAAUGCCAUCCCAAAGUACUUGGAUCCUAAAGCUAUUAAGGUUGUUGAGGGUGGAGCAGAUGUUUGUGAACAGCUUCUGCAGCAGAAGUGGGACAAGAUUUUCUUUACUGGUAGUCAACGUAUAGGCCGCGUUGUAAUGACAGCAGCUGCAAAGCAUUUAACCCCAGUUACUCUCGAGAUGGGUGGAAAAAGUCCUGCAAUCCUGGACGUCACGUCCACUUCCUCUAAUAUGAAGGUAGUAGCUAAAAGAAUUGUAGGAGGGAAGUGGGGGCCCUGCUGUGGACAGGCUUGUAUUGGUAUAGAUUAUGUGCUUGUAGAAGACGAGCAUUCUUCUUUUCUGAUAGGCUCAUUGAGGAGGAUUAUCAGAGAAUUUUAUGGUGAAAACCCGGAAGAAUCGAUAAGCCUUAGCAGAAUUGGGAACAAGAACAACUUUGACAGGUUAUCCAGACUUAUUAAAGAUCCUCUUGUUGCAGCUUCCAUCGUUCAUGGCGGUUCAACAGAUGAAGAAAAAUUGUUCAUCGAGCCAACAAUCUUGUUAAAUCCUCCACUAGAUUCAGAGAUAAUGACAGAAGAAAUCUUUGGCCCCUUGCUUCCAAUUAUCACUUUGAAUAACAUUCAAGAAAGCAUCGAAUUUAUGAACUCCAGGCCAAAACCUCUGGUCAUUUAUGCCUUCACCAAGGAUGAAACAUUCAAGAAACAAAUUUUAACGCAUACAUCCUCUGGAGGCGUGGUUUUCAACGACACGAUGGUUCAAUUUAUAUGUGAUGAUUUGCCGUUUGGAGGUGUUGGGCACAGUGGAUUUGGAAGGUACCACGGGAAGUAUUCUUUUGACACUUUCAGCCAUGAAAAAGCAGUUAUGCACAGAGGUUUCUACCCUGAGAUUGAGCCAAGGUAUCCUCCAUGGAAUAGUUUCAAGCUUCAAUUUCUCAGAUUGGCUUACAGCUUUAACUAUCUUGGACUAUUGUUGCUGCUGCUGGGACUGAAAAAGAAAUAUUAGCGCUGCAUUUGCAUUGCUUUUUUUCUACUUCAUUAAUCACAUAGACUGAAAUUUAAGGAAGAAAACUUUCAAGGAAAAAAAAAAGAUAAUAAUGUAUUUGUAGUGACCGACAUUGUUCGGUUUGAGAAUUUGUAUUGUAUUAUCAUUAUCAUCAUUAUUAAAAGCUUAAAAUCUCGAAUUCUUAUUCA